GGCGGGGCGGAAGCCGCGCCUUAAGCUCCGUGACGCGCGGUCACUGCCGCUAUCUCUCAGACGGCGCCGCGUGUCCCCGCUGGUGUCGGAGGCGCUGCCGGUAGCUAUUGGACCCUCUGAAGACUGUCCCUGGAUCUCAGGUUAGAAAUCUGUAUUCUAUUUGGAACCGUGGGAAGAACGGAUAGCUGGUUGGUGAUAUUCCUACUUGAAGGACGCGAUGUUUUCCAAACUAGCACAUUUGCAGACUGUUGCCCUGCUUCGUCGUGGAGUUCAUUCUUCAGUGGCUUCUGCUACAUCUGUUGCAACUAAAAAAACGGUCCAAGGCCCUCCAUCCUCUGAUUACAUUUUUGAACGGGAAUCUAAAUAUGGUGCCCACAACUACCAUCCUUUACCUGUAGCCCUGGAGAGAGGAAAAGGUAUUUACGUAUGGGAUGUAGAAGGCAGAAAAUAUUUUGACUUCCUGAGUUCUUACAGUGCUGUCAACCAAGGGCAUUGUCAUCCGAAGAUUGUGAAUGCUCUGAAAACUCAGGCGGACAAACUGACGUUAACAUCUAGGGCUUUCUAUAAUAAUGUGCUCGGUGAAUACGAAGAGUUUGUUACGAAACUGUUCAACUACCAUAAAGUUCUCCCUAUGAAUACAGGAGUGGAGGCUGGAGAAACCGCUUGCAAACUUGCUCGUAAAUGGGGAUAUACCGUCAAGGGUAUCCCGAAAUACAAAGCAAAGAUGGUUUUUGUAGCUGGAAAUUUUUGGGGUAGAACAUUGUCUGCUGUUUCCAGUUCCACAGACCCAACCAGUUACGAUGGUUUCGGACCAUUUAUGCCAGGUUUUGAAAUCAUUCCAUAUAACGAUCUGCCUGCUCUUGAGCGUGCUCUUCAGGAUCCAAAUGUUGCCGCAUUCAUGGUAGAACCAAUUCAGGGUGAAGCUGGUGUUGUUGUUCCGGAUCUAGGCUACCUAACAGGCGUGCGAGAGCUCUGCACCAGGCACCAGGUUCUGUUUAUUGCUGAUGAAAUACAGACGGGAUUGGCCAGAACUGGUAGAUGGCUGGCUGUUGAUCAUGAAAACGUCAGACCUGAUAUAGUCCUUCUUGGAAAGGCACUUUCUGGUGGCUUAUACCCUGUAUCUGCGGUGUUGUGUGAUGAUGAAAUAAUGCUGACCAUUAAACCAGGGGAGCAUGGGUCAACAUACGGUGGCAAUCCUCUCGGCUGCCGAGUGGCCAUUGCAGCCCUUGAGGUCUUGGAAGAAGAAAACCUUGUUGAAAAUGCAGAGAAAAUGGGUACCGUCUUGAGAAAUGAACUCAUGAAGCUACCUUCUGAUAUUGUCACUGCCGUAAGAGGGAAAGGAUUAUUAAAUGCUAUUGUUAUCAGAGAAACCAAAGAUUAUGAUGCUUGGAAGGUGUGUCUGCGACUUCGAGAUAAUGGACUUCUAGCCAAGCCAACACACGGUGACAUCAUCAGGCUUGCACCUCCGCUCGUGAUCAAGGAAGAUGAGAUUCGGGAGUCCGUGGAAAUCAUUAACAAGACCAUCUUGUCCUUCUGAGUGUGGUGGCUGUUCUCACUGGUUCCUGGGAACCCGCUGGAGAAAGGCGGUUUGUUGAUGUCUUGUAAAGCCCCUGCAUUUCUCCCUUAAUGCAGGCACAUUCCACUCCCCUGUCUUAAAGAACAUUUUUUUUAAUAUAUAUAUUUUUCAGUUCAUGCAUAAUAGAGUGACAUUUAUAAACGUGCAGUUUGCUGUGUAGCGUAACUAUAAGAGAAUGUAAUGGCAUCUAUAUUUGAUUAAGUGUUUUUGUGUGCCUGCGUGCUUUCUAAGGUGAAAUAUACAUCUGUGUAUAUCGACAGCCUUUUAAUCAAGACCUUCAGUAUCAUUUACAUACGUUUGUAUAACUUCCUUGCUGGUAUAAAUGUUUUGUAUUUCAAAAAGUUAUAUGUGGUAUUAUAUAGAAGACUUGCUUAACCUUAUAAAGUUAAAUCAUAAUCAUUGAAUUUUAGGAAAGAUUAAUGGUUAGCUUAUAUAAAAUACUAGAUUUAAGUAAACUUCAUAUUGGCCCAGACCAGGAUAUAUUCUAUGAAGGUCAUUAUUUUGAAUUAAGAAUUCAUGUUUAAUAUUUCCGAAUUAGUUUUAAGUCUUUGAUUAAUUUGUAAAAGGUUUAUUUUCAGUUUUUCUUUAAAUUUAAAAUAAAGCUUAUAUUUACAAUGUCUAUUUUGUGAUCAGUAUACCAUUACUGCAGUAUUAUCAAUGACCUAAUGUUUUAAAGCUCUUUGAGAAUGUUCUUACCUUUCUUUGUUUCAUCUGUUUUCUAAGGGCAUUCAGAUUCUUUGAUAAUCUCUGGAAAAACAGAAAUUAUAAAAAGAAAGUCUCUUAUAAUAAUACUGCCUUCUCCCAUUUCAAAAUAAUUGCUUUUUUCCCUUGUGUAUACUAGUAUUUACCAUUUUUAUUAAAGUAUCCUUAUUA